UCGGUUUAUUAUAAAUUAUAAGUUACUGGUUUCAGUUAACCAUCGUGUUCAUUUUUUCUCCUUAAUUGAAAGAUUGAAUGAGUACGACUAAUUAGUUUAAGAACUAACGUGUUCAUUUAAUUUGUGUCAUAUUGUUUUAUUUAAGAUGUCUCAACAACAAACUAAAAACUCAAUAACGCUUCGAGGUUCGGCACAAAUAAUCUGCGAAUAUUUAAAGUUUGCAGUAAAUUCAGUGUUGUUCCAAAGAGGUCUAUAUCCACCAGAAACCUUCAAAGCAGAGCAACAAUAUGGAAUUACUUUACUAUUGUCAGAAGAUGCACAAAUUAAAAACUUUCUCACGAACCUAUUGACACAAAGUGAAGAAUGGAUAGUCAGCAAAAAAGUGAGUAAACUCUCGCUUAUUAUACUUAAUGUUGCAAACAAGGAAGUGCUUGAAUGCUGGGAUUUCAACGUCCAAUAUGAAGAUGGGGAUGUUGAGCUAUCAAAGGAGAUGAAAGAGACAGUCGCUAGCAAAGACUUAAAGAAAAUUCAGCUGGAAAUAAGGGAUGUUAUGUUGCAGGUGGCUGCUACAAUAUCAUAUUUACCAUUCCUCGACUGCCGUUGUUCAUUUGACGUUUUAGUACACGCUAAAACUGAUUGUGAUAUACCUGAGAAAUGGGCAGAAGCCGAGCCUGUUUCCAUAGCCAAUGCCCAAAACGUACAGCUCAAAACAUUCUCCACAGGCCUUAAUAAGAUGGAAACCGUUGUUAGUUAUAAGCUUAUGGAUUAGGUAAUAGGAAUUAUUUAUACAAAUCGCACAAUUUUGCGGGUUAGGUUAAGGCUUGUAAUAUGGUACCUUAAUUAUGUUAAAUGUAUAGUAUAAUUAUUUCUAAGUGCAGCCUGAUAUGUGUGUUUAUUUAUGUAAAAUUGUGCUUUAGUUUUUGAAGUGUUAACGUCUUUUAAAUCGAUGAACGCCGGCUGCACGUUCGAAAAAUUACGACUCAUUGUCACGUUCCGCCUCAGAGCGCGGAGCAAGCGAUAGAUUGUCAUGAUCGGCGUAAGCGUUUGGCUUGUUACGCAUCUAUCUUCGACGUUAUCACGUAAAACAAUACGUCCGUAAACCGACUUUAUAGACAACCUAUUUUUUUCUGAAGUUUUGUAAUCCUUCAUAAAAUUCCAGCUUUUUAUGAAGCGUUUUCUUAAUUUACAGAGCAUAGUGUGUGUGUGUGUAAUAGCUGUAGAAUUAGAUAUAUACAGUAUAUACUGAUCUUAUUUGUUCAAGUACAUAUUUUUAGUGCAUGUAGAUUUUAUGAGAUAUACAAGGAUUCCUCUGUUUAAUUAACUUUAAAUAGGAAUUUAAUAAAACAAGCUAAACCUUGUGUUAUACUAGUAUCUAAAAAUUAAUUUGCUAUUACUAUGCUAUCUGCUGAAAUUAAAAAAAUCUAUGUAUUAUUUACAUCUCGAAAAUAAAUAAGAUUUUCCAUAUUAUGGAAAAGGAAGUUUUGAUGUGUACGUACAUACAUAUAAGUUUUCGAGGUGAUAUUGAUAUUUAAAAUCGUUAAUUUAAAGCUACGUUAAUGUUAACGAUUGUAAAUAAUCCAUUUUAAACUAUAAUCUGUUAGCAGAUGAAAGACACCUUAGUCGGUUUUGGUUUUUUUUUAAAGGUUAGUUAAUAUAAUUUGUACAUAGAACUGUGAUAGUAUUUUAAGAGUAAUGUUAAGCAUUUUUAAACAUUUUGUAAUAAAUAGCCCAUAUCAAAACAAAGUGCUACUGCCAAGUUCAGUAUCCAUGGUGAAAUUGGUACUCUGAAGUUUCGCCAUCACUGAAACUUCGGAGUAAAAUUGAACUUAUUUUAAAGCUCGAAUCUGGCCACAAUCCUACAACUAGUGUCUGACAGAAAGCCAAUGCAAAGUGGCCCUAAUUUUGAUUGUUUUAGAGUCACAAAUUUUGAAUGUUAUCUUUUUGUUCUAUCAAAUUAUACUUACCCGGCUCAAAUGCUAUAAGUC